AUGGAACCAACACCAGAUUUAUCACAUCUGACCAGAAGAGAUUAUGACAGAGUCUAUGAACCAGCCGAGGAUACAUUUUUACUUCUUGACGCUUUAGAACUUGAUGCCAAUGCUCUAAGAGCAGCAAAACCGCAGAUAUGUCUAGAGAUUGGGUCAGGGUCUGGGUGUGUUUCUACUUUUCUUGCCAAAAUUCUUGGGCCGUCUGUACUCUAUCUAUGCACGGAUAUCAAUUUCCACGCAUGUCGAUGUACAUUCCUGACUGGCGUUCAAAAUCAAGUUAUCCUCGAUCCUAUUAACACUUCGCUAGAUUCUGCAGUGCGAUAUAGGUUGGUACAUGGCGUAGAUAUCAUUCUUUUUAACCCUCCCUACGUACCUACGUCUUCGGACGAGGCCGAGGACGCACAGGAGGGGCGCACGAUAGAAGGUUCUUGGGCAGGAGGUUUCAACGGAAUGGAGUUAACGAAUGUUUUCCUCGAGAGGGUAGAGCAUUUGAUGUCCUUGCAAGGCAAAUUUUACUUGGUCGCAGUGAAGCAAAACGACAUUGAACAUAUUCGUCGAUCAAUGCUCCACUCCUAUGGGUUGAAGAGUGAGAUCGUUCUCCAGCGGCGCGCAGGAAGAGAACAUCUCUUUGUCGUACGAUUUACACGCUGA